CAGAUACACAAACAUGUGAGUUGAAUGGUGCACACACUUGGAUAUUUCAACUGAUGCAAAUUGAUGGAAACGAAACAAAACAAUAAUUUUGGCGUUUAAAUAAUUUGUCUAAAUCAGACGGUGUCAUAUACUCGAAUUAUCCGCGUUAAUAAACUAUCGAACAAACUUCAAAUGUUCGAAUAGGGCAGCGAUGAACAUCGACGAUGAUAAUUUCUACGAAGAUUCAGGUAACGAAACGAGCGGAGACGAUGUAGAUUUCGUAAUAGACGUAGACACCUCGUCGCAAAGCAGAGAACUGCAAAGCUACGAUGAGGAAUACCAAUACGAAGUGUUAUCAACCGAAGAUAUCGUUCAACACAUGAUCGACUGCAUCAAAGAAGUGAACACUGUAGUGCAAAUACCUUCGACCACAACAAGGAUACUUUUGAACUACUUUCAUUGGGAUAAGGAGAAACUCAUGGAGAAAUUCUUCGAUGGCAAUCAAGACGAAUUAUUUAAAGAAGCCCACGUUAUUAACCCUUUCAGGAGAGUGAGCGUGUCGAAACCGAAAAUAGCUAAUAAAGCCUUGGGUACAGAAGAAUGCGACAUUUGUUUUAUGAUAUUCUCUUCUUCCCAAAUGACUGGAUUAGAAUGCGGUCACCGAUUUUGCUAUCAAUGCUGGAACGAAUAUUUAACAACUAAAAUAAUGGAAGAAGGUGUCGGGCAAACGAUAGCCUGUGCAGCCCACAAUUGCCCUAUUUUAGUAGACGAUCAAACGGUUAUGAGAUUGUUAAAAGAUCCACGAGUGAAACUCAAAUACCAACAUCUAAUUACAAAUAGUUUUGUGGAAUGCAAUCGCUUGUUGAGGUGGUGCCCCAGUCCCGAUUGCAGUUACGCUAUAAAGGUCGCUUAUGUGGAAGCCAAGCCAGUCGCUUGCAAAUGCGGAAACGUAUUUUGCUUUGCAUGCGGAGAAAGUUGGCACGAUCCGGUCAAAUGUGGUUUACUUAAAAAGUGGCAAAAGAAAUGCGAUGAUGAUUCCGAAACCUCCAAUUGGAUCGCAGCCAAUACCAAGGAAUGCCCUAAAUGUAACGCUACUAUUGAAAAAGACGGUGGCUGUAAUCACAUGGUUUGUAAAAAUCAAAAUUGCAAGGCGGACUUUUGUUGGGUGUGUCUCGGGCCUUGGGAACCGCACGGGAGCUCUUGGUACAACUGCAAUAGGUACGAUGAAGACGAGGCGAAAGCCGCCAGAGACGCCCAAGAAAAAUCCAGAGCGGCCCUACAAAGAUACCUUUUCUACUGCAACAGAUACAUGAACCACAUGCAAUCCUUGAAGUUUGAACACAAACUGUACGCGUCGGUUAAAGACAAAAUGGAGGAGAUGCAACAGCAUAACAUGAGCUGGAUCGAAGUGCAGUUUCUAAAAAAGGCCGUCGACAUUCUGUGCCAAUGCAGGCAAACGUUGAUGUACACUUACGUGUUUGCUUACUAUUUGAAGAAAAACAAUCAGUCUGUGAUAUUCGAAGAUAACCAAAAGGACCUGGAGAGGGCCACAGAGCUCCUGAGCGAGUAUCUCGAACGGGACAUUACACAAGAGAAUCUCAUAGACAUAAAGCAGAAGGUACAAGAUAAAUAUAGAUACUGCGAAGGAAGGAGAAUGGCGUUGUUGGACCACGUACAUGAAGGCUACGAAAAAGACUGGUGGGUCUACAGCGAAUGAAAUAUAAUAUCGAAUCAUGAUUAGUGUACCUAAUUCGUUCCUGUAACGGUACUAAUUAUAACUUGCUUUAUAUAAAAUUAAAAUGACUAUAUUUCUUAUACACACUUUUACUAAUACUAACGUUACUCGUUACGUUAUUACCCCGAAAUAUCUGCGAAAAUUAAAUAAUUCGAAUAACUAGUCUUUA